AUGUACAUUCCAACCUGCCCCAAAGAUAUAGUCUCGGGUCUCUCCAGGAGAGACGUCAGAUCGACUGCUGAGUCGUUCAAGUCCUGGGACACGUGUAUGGACAACACAACCUGCAAGAUUGUCGCUAUCGUCGGUAUCGUUCUUGCUUGUAUCGUGGCCAUCAGUAUUCUUACUACCCUUUUCAGAUGCUGCUGCCUAGGCUUUAGUUGUGCUCAGGCCAUCUGCUGCUGUUGCAGUCGCAGCAACAGAAGACCCCAGCCUCGCCAGAUGCAAGACCCUUACCAUAAUGCCAACAUGUACCCUAGAAGCCAGCCCAUGGCACAAGCUCAACCGGCAUACUACCCUACGGACAGUUAUGAUUCGUACCAAAAGGUGAGUCCCUACAAUGCCGGCACGGGCUAUAGAGCAACAUAG